CAGAAAGACACAUACAGCCCGUUGCGUGUUGAUGAAAAUGUAUCUUUGAAUUACACUUAAUCUGAGUACCCUAUUGAAAUGGAACAUGAUCAACUCCGUUCUCUGGAUAUUACUCUUGCUCGAAAGUGAUCUGAUUGAUUCUGUAAAUGUGUCGGGAAAAGAGGGAAUGAAAGUAACUUUACAGACUGGACUUACUGAACUACCUAGCGGCAUUAUUAUAGCAUGGUCUUUCCCAUUGAGUCGUUCAGAUUCAUUUGAUAACAUAGCUCUGCUGAAUGCUGGUGUGAUUACAACGGACUACAGUAGGAAGUUCAAAGACAGACUGAAGCUGGAUACUCAGACUGGAUCUCUCACCAUCAGAAACCUCACCAUCAACGACUCUGGACUUUAUAAAAUACUUAUCAUCGAUACACAGAGUUCAUCUAAGAUUGCAAAUUUAACUGUCUAUGCCUCAGUGUCUGCUCCUCACAUCAGUCGCUCAGUGGACAGUCCAUUUGAAAAAGUGAGCUGUUCAUUGGCGUGCACAGUGAAGAACGGGAGAGAGGUGAUCUUGUCCUGGUACAGAGGAGAGGAGAUAUUCAACCAGACCAGCAGCCCUGAUCUUCUCGCCAAUCUCUCUCUCCCUCUGGAGUUAAACAAAAUAAACGCUGACACCUACAGCUGUGAGGCUUCCAACCCUGCUGACUCAAAACAAACUCCACUCAACAUUCAAACGCUCUGCCCUCAAUUGUCCUCACGCUCUGCCAUCAAAGAAUCUGCUCCCAAUCCUGUCGCAAUCACACUGGUCACAUUGUUAGCAGUUGGGAUAAUAAGUGGUGGUAUAUUCUGGGCAGUUAAAAUAAGAACAUGUGGCGCCUGCAAGCAAAGAGAAGAAGAAUGAUGCUGAUGUGAACUGUCAGAGAUCGACAGGACUGGAUUCAAUCACUCCUCUCUCAAAGCUGUGACCUUGGCGUGGUUUAGAGGCUUGUGUGUCUCAAUGACCCUGAGAGCAACACCGGAGGGGGCUUUGGCCCCUGGUAGGUUUAGCCAUUCUGGAUUGGUCUCCGGUGAGGGGCCAGACCAACGACAGCAUUGGUCCUACGUGUUUCACGUUGGCAUGGUGCUAUAGGUCGGCAACCAUACCACUCUGACAAUGUUACAUGCUGUGUGUGUCUUUACUGUAAUUUUAAAUGUGUAUUUUUCAUGGUGUUGUGCAUUACUUUGCAAGAAAUGUGCUUGAUAAAAAUGCAAUUGAAUUGUUGUUGUUUAAGUCUUAACAUUUGUCAACCACAAGGUUGACCUGGUCCUUGUGUUCCAGCUCAGCAAAUUACAUUUCCCCCCCAAAAACACAAAAAAAAACAUAAAGAUUUUAUACCGAUCUCACAUCUCUACCUUUCAUUGCCACUUUCAUUGUGUUGUAUUAUUGAGUAUGUCAUUUCACAUACAAAUAGCACCGCUAUUUAUUUGUCUGCUGCAUGCUGUGUGUGUCUUUACUGUAAUUUUAGAUGUUUACUUUUUCAUUGUGUUGUACGUUACUUUGCUAGAAAUGUGCUUGAUAAAAAUACAAUAUUGUUAUUUAGGUCAUAACAUUUGUCUGAAAACCAGGAUUAGUAGCAUUUCAACAAGCAAAUUAGUUAAAUCAUGGCACCACAUCCACUCCCUGAAACACUUAUACCAUUUAUUUUCAAAAUGCUUGUAACCGACUGCCCAAACCUGCUGAUCUCAUGGGCAUGUUUAAACUUGUGGAGGAAUGUUUUCAUGUAGGUUUGUCCUGCCUUUAUCUCCACUCUAGAGAGUCUCUGUUAUGUUCUCCACUAUUUACCAAACUACAUUAAAGCCUGAUAGGAAGGUUUCUGUCGUGUUCUUAACCACAUUGGACAUAAGUGUCAUAGUCAUUAACUUAAUAAAAAGUGAAUAAGUUA